ACCAUGAGAAACAUAUAAGAAGAAGAGAAACAUGGCAGAGAGAGAAGUGGGUGACUCCAGCGCUUCAACAACAAGUGAUGAUCAUCCAGGGGAAACUCUGCACCUGAAAUCAGAGGAUGGAGACCCGGAGAGACCUGAGGCCCAGAAGGACCAGGACCUCAAAAGCGUCCUGGUCACCAGCGUGUUGAACCUGGAAGAGCUGGACGUGGACCUGUACAGAGGGACGCACCACUGGGUUCCCCGCAGUCAGCGUCUGUUUGGGGGUCAGAUCAUCGGUCAGGCCCUCGUAGCUGCUGCCAAAUCAGUCAGCGAUAAUCUCUACGCCCAUUCCCUCCACUGCUACUUUGUACGGGCAGGAGACCCUAAGGUGCCCGUGCUGUACCAGGUGGACCGCAUCAGAGACGGACGCAGCUUCACGGUGCGCUCCGUCAGGGCCAUCCAGCACGGGCAGCCCAUCCUCAUCUGCCAGGCCUCCUUCCAGAUGCUGCAGCCCAGCCCCCUGCAGCACCAGUUCACCAUGCCUGUGGUCCCUCCACCUGAAGACCUCCUCACCGUGGAGGAGCUCAUCCGCCUCUAUCUCAGUAAACCAGACCUGGCCGAGAAAUAUAAACUAGGCCUGAACAAACUGCUGGCCAACGAGGUCCCCAUCGAGAUAAAGCCGGUCAACCCCCCGGUCUUUUACAAACUCACUGCGAGCGAGCCGAAGAACCUGUUCUGGGUGCGAGCACGAGGAUAUAUUGGUGAGGGCAACAUGAAGCUGCACUGCUGCGUUGCUGCCUACGUGUCAGACUUUGCGUUCCUGGGCACCGCUCUGCUUCCGUACCCCGGCUACAGAGCUCAGUUUGCCGCCUCGCUGGAUCACGCCAUGUGGUUCCACAGCACCUUCCGCAGUGACGAGUGGAUGCUGUACGAGUGUGAGAGCCCGUGGGCAGGCGGCAGCAGGGGAUUGGUGCAGGGCCGGCUGUGGAGGAGGGACGGGGUCCUCGCUGCCUCGUGCUCCCAGGAGGGGGUCCUGAGAGUGAAGCCAGUCACACGGCCCAGCUCCCAGGAGGGGGUCCUGAGAGUGAAGCCAGUCACACGGCCCAGCAAAUUAUAAGCACUUACAUCAGAUUUACAUUAAUCAUAUAACUGUUGUCUGAUUUGUAUACAUACAUGUGUAAUUUAAUAACUAUUAUUUGUUUUUUAAUAUAUAUAUUUGAAUUCCAGUCAAUAAAUAAUGAAAAUGUUAUGAGUGAACGCUUGUCAUUUGUUUUGCAUAGCCACAAAACUGAUCUGCAGGUUCACUCAUACUAGUUUGUGAAAUUAAACAAUUUCUAGUUGAA